ACUAUUGAUAAGUGGUGAUUGGCCGUUUAUUGGUAACAUCAUUGUUACCAUAUGUUGGCAUAUGUUUGUUAAUCGAUUCGUUAUCCAUUUAAUUGUCAACAAUGUAGCGAACACGAUGCGGCGAAUGCGUGUAAACAAACUCAAAUGUUGAAUGUAAGGUCGUUCGCGGUAGAAAUACGUGCUGGGAUCUAUUUCCGCAUUGAUAACGUUCCUAAAGGUUUUCGUCGACUGAAAACCAAUUGGGAAUAAUGGCAACGAAGAUAUUAAUCGACAUUCACAAUGACAUAAGACUAUUGAUAACGGCGAUAACGGGAUUCGAGGCGGGAGAAGAAGGUUUUCGUAUCUGUGAGGCGUUUGCCUUAUCAAACGUAAAACACCAUCGAUAUCUUUCGGUGAACAGUCAAGCAACAAAGAGAUCGAUCGACGAUGUGGUUAGCAAGUUUUCAAUACACGGAAAAUACGAAGUAGCUAACAAGUUCCGAGAGCUUGUCGAUACAUUUUUGUCAAGCUUCGAUUUCGACCAUCAUCCUCAGUACGACCUGCAGUGGGCCUUGCUCUCCCUUCUUCUCGACUUAUCCUGCGAAACUAACAAGUCCGAGCUGCAUUGCCUCGAGACCGUCAGAUCGUCAAGAGGAGAGUACAGCUUCAACGUCACUGUCGCUAACGAAAAUGAACCCACUGAAGAAAUCGACUGGGGACAAUAUCUUAGGGAAGGACAGGAAGAUUUUUUCUGCGAUUAUCAGAGCGAGUCGGACAGCGAGUGGUCCAACAAUGAUGACCUGGAGCCUUCAGGCAUGGCUGAACAGUCUCCACCUGAUAAUUUGGUCAGAGAUUUGGUCAGCGUGAUACCAGUGAAACGAACCGAAAGCACACUGGACAAAUUAUCGGAGAGUUUGGCAGAUGGAGUUGAGUCCAGAAACUGGCUGAAGAAUAAUGUUCAGAACAAAUGGUGGACCUGGAUUGAAUAUAACAAAUAUCCUGUCGAUAGCAAAUUUCCUGAUGCCAGAUUCUGCGAACUAUGGAAUGAAAUCACAUCAAGAGGUUUACAACAAACUGGAACUCUGAGUGAAUAUCAAGCAUGCAGAGAAGUUUUGUGGAUGCUUCAUUGCCCGGUGCAGAUGGUUUUGUUUCUGCAGAACAACUCAGACUCGGAGUUAUUUUCUACCAAACAAGACAUUUCCAUACCCAGUUUAUCCCAAGAUGCGUUCACCAGUAUUUUAGAUCCAUUAUGCAACUAUUUUGUAAUGCUGCGCGAGUUGGAACAGUUUGGCGAGAAUUUGUACCCGAAACACACGUCCCCUGAAGUUUAUCAAUUCCCACCUUUAACUUAUCAGGCAUAUCACAGAGCAGUGAUGCAGCAUUUGAAUAAAAUGCGCGAAGGAAUGAUUAGGAUCGAAAAAAAGUUCGUGAAGCAAGAUGACUGCGACACACUUUUGUCAAUGAUGAAUGAUUUGAGACCAUAUUUGGAUGGAAUUAAAAUGCUUUACGAGGUUCAUCAGUCAGUCACAAGCGAGUGGGAGUAUCACUUGAACUGGAAAUGUGCGUCAAAGCUUUUGUCUGGCCUAUUUUUUGAGAUGCAGAACUCCAGCAGCCGUGAAAAGGCGAACAUGUGCACCAGCUUAUAUUUGCAAAGUCUCAGCGUCUACUUGAACAUCAUCGAUACAUGGCUCAGCGAAGGACGAUUCGAAGAUUGGAGAGAGGAGUUUGUAAUUGCCAAAAUACCAGAAGAUGUUACACUUGAGGACGAGGAGCAGCAUGAUACGUUCGUAGUGCGUCCAUUAGAUCAAAUUUGCCUGAACGACCCGAUAAUGGAAUUAUUAGUGCACAAAGUACGUGACAUGGGUAGAAGCAUCGAACUUCUUGUAAGAUUGGAUCGAAUACCAGAUAUGUGGAGGAUGGUAAACGACAGCAGUGUUUCGAGGAUAUCUCUGAACCAAGAAUUUCUCACCGAAGUGAUCUCCGAAUUCGGUAAAUACAAUCCGACUGACUUGACGGAUACGGUCGACGUAUCCGCGAUUCAAAUGACGGAGGUCCCUGCAUUGGAACCAAUUAGUUCUCUGAUCAGACAAAACGCACUCCAACAAAUGUCAAAUAGUAAUGAUCCAUUCUUGUUGAAAGCUUUCGAAAAUUAUGUACCGUUUGAUCUAUUGAGAAACAAUGAUGCAGUCGAUGGGAAGAUUUCUAGCGAAAAUUCUAUUACCAAUUGUGAUUUUAACAUCUUUGAAUGGCUUGAAAACACAUCCCAGUCUAUUUUGCCUUCGAGGAGAGUUCUGAAGAGUGUUUUAUCAAAAAUAUUAAACACUCGAUACAAAGGUGCUAGCAAAUUGGUCAAAGAUAUUAUGGUUGCCGAAUAUAAUUUAGAAAAACACUUGAAACUAAUGCGAUGCAUUUACAUGAUGGAAACUGGUCAUGUCAUGAACAGGUUUUAUCAGCAAUUGUUCACUGAGAUCGAAACAAACGCCACGUGGAACAAUCCAAAUGCGUUAACAAACCUACUGGAAGAAAUACUGUCUCAAGAAUGGCCAGAGACGAGUUCUCGCUGGUCGAUAGUCGUCAGCGAGGUUAGAACUCAUCAGGUUCUUGUAGCGGCGAACAAAAUAAUGCUUCACUACGCCAUAAGUUGGCCAAUGUGCAUGGUUUUGACAAAAGAAGCCUUAGUCAAGUACAACGACAUUUUCAGGUUCCAACUUAAGUUAAAAUGGGCCCUUUGGACUCUCGAUCACCUGAGAUUUAGUGACCUCGAGGGCUCCAAAUCAGCGGGGAUGAACGACAGGGUUCAACACUUCCAGGCACGACGAUUAGAGUCGCUAAGAUUCUGGUUAAUUCACGCUAUAGGAUCGAUUCACGCUUAUUUGUCUGGCCAGGUUUUACAGAGCCUCGGUUCAAUGUUGGAAAAAGCUCUUUCCGAGGCCGAUAACUUGGACACCAUUAUCAGAGUGCACACCGAGUAUCUGAUGAAAGUGCACGAGCACUGUCUCCAAACAUCAGAAUUCGAAGAUCUAACUGCGACUAUAAACAGCCUGCUGGAAAUGUGUAUUUAUGUUCGGGACCGGUGGAAACGCGGAGCCGAAAACAUUAUUCCAGCAGAAUUGGACAUGAUGGAAAGCAGCUAUAUUAAAUAUCACACUUACUUGGCGCUGGCGCUGCACAAUGCGGUCCAGCACAAGGAUGCUGACUAUUUGACCGGCCUCAGCUCCGCUUUUAACUACAGCAUACCCUGCGCCUAACUCCAGCCUACUAACUUGCUGCACCAAAUUACAAAUGUCCAUAGAUUUUGCAAUCCAUGAAUCGACUGAUCAGAUUCUCGAUAAGCGUAAUCGUCAAGUUUAAGCAAUCAAUCAAUUGCGAUCAAAUUUUGUUGAAAACGACGGAGCGUUUUUGUCUCUGUUGUGUUCUUAAUUAUUAAUUUAUAUAAUUUGUAAAAAUAUUAUUUCGGGUUAUAACGAAAAACAACUUUUUGCAAUAUUCUCUUUCAAUGAGUGAAUUUAAUUACUGGAUGAAAUUUAUGAGUUCAAGAAAAAUGUGAGAAAAAAUGUUCGAGAAUCAGUUUGAAAUUUCUGUAAACUUUUCACAGAGCUUAUUAACUGAUAAAAUUUGAGGCUUAAGAAUAAUGCCUAAAAAUCGGACUGCAAGUAUUCAUAUGAAAAUAUGAGAAUAUCCAUGGUCAGAUAGAAAAAUUUGUACACUAGAUGUAAACCAAGCGAAAAAUUGUUUAUAUUGUAACAAUACGAUGAAUUAGUUGCGUUUGUGAUUACAAAAUACGUUUUAAAUGUCGAAAACUUUUAU